GGCGUGGCGAGAUGGGACCACUUGUUGCCCGCGGGCGCUCGUGCUGGAGGCAGGUGCUGCGACCAAAGGAUGCUCCGGCGCUGCCUCCGGCUGCAGGCAUCAUGAAGGCAGAGACCGGGUCAGUGUACAAUGGAUGGAAGAGCAGAGCCUUUGGUGAUGUCUGUGCACCUGCUUGCCAAAUCUGGAUAUGCAUUACUCUUGCAGCAAACCCUCAGUCAGCUUCAAGAACGGAUCUGCCUGGAUGUACGCCUUUUCCUUGUAUCAGAAGUCACUUCUCCAGUUAAGUAUUAUGAGACGUACCGCCAGAAGAGCUCCAGAUUCCCUGGGACCUCGGUUCUGCUUUUCUUGCAUGAAGACUUGGGGGAGGAACGGAUUUUCCAAAUCCAUGAUUUUUUCCAGCACCCACCAUGGCACCGUGUCAACCUGGAAUGUGCUAACAGGAAGCUGUCUUGGCAGGCCCUUGGUAAUCAGGAGUUCUACGGGCUGGAUGAGCAUAUGCCAGUGUGGGGAGUGCGACAAGUUCAUUACGGCACUGAAAUUCUGCGCAUCACACUCUAUUGUAGCUUUGACAACUACGAUGAUGCAGUGAGGCUUUAUGAGAUGAUCCUGCAGAAAGAGGCGACGGUGCAAAAAAACAGCUUCUGUGCCUUUGUGUUGUAUACAACAAAGAGCAUCGCAGUUCAGCUUUGCUUGAAACAGCUGCCUCUUGGGCUGCUGGUCGACUUGAAGGAAUCUUCGGUGUUGCAGUUCAAAGUGCAUGAAAUUGGGCAGCUGGUUCCGCUUCUGCCUAAUCCCUGUGUUCCUCUAAGCAGCACUAGGUGGCAAACGGAAGACUAUGAAGGAAACAAGAUCCUGCUUCAGGUUCAAAACAGCUCAAAACACAGUGGACAGCAGAAUUCAAAUCCCAGUUGCCUCAAUAAUGCAAGUGAAGAAAGACUUCCCCACUAUUCUAACCCCACUCCGUUAGCUGUGAGGCAAAUACCUGCGCAGCAAAAAAAUCGAACUCUCCGAGCUGUGAAGAAUAAAAACAAAUCUACACGGAGUGGGAUGUACACUCCAGGAAGUAUUUGCAAUCCCUCACAAAAUCAGUCUAGCUCUUUAUCCCAGUCACAUUGUCCCACAGACUCUUCUCUGCAGGACCUAAUGCCACCUUAUAUGAACUUGAGCACUCAGUUAAGAUUUUCCAGUUGUGAACUCUGGCAUUGCACGAAGGAGGAAGAGACUAAUGUCGAUACAGGCUAUAGAGCAGAAUCUUCUAACUGUGAUGGCUCUCCGUUAAACAGGUUCUCAAAGGACUUGCAAGAUGGUCUUCCACCCCUGCAGCAGCUAUGUUGUUCAUUCCCUGGUGCUGGCUCUAGAAUCAGCUUGCUCUCUGCAGACAGAAACGAUCCCUCAUUACGUAUUACCAAAAUAAAGAAUAAAGGAUCAGGAGAGAUGCAGUCAGGUUCUCAUCUAGGUAGAUCAAGAGCAACCCAUAGGAAUGAAACGGAAGAGGAUGAAGAAUUUUUCAUAUGACUUUAAAUACAAACUGAUUUCCAAGUGCCUUAUUUUUGAAAUAAUGGAGAGAGCAAUCUGUAUCUUGCACAAAGACCUUGUCUUUGUGCAGAUACCCCAGCUGCCUAUACUACCUUAUUCUGUUAGUGCAAAAAGAAAGCUUAAGAGUAGUUUGCAUAUUAUUGCACUUUUAAUCUAUUUAGCAUUAGUUAUUCUUCAUGAACAUUAUUCCCUUCUGCAGUCCAGUCUAAGCUCCUUGAAAUCAAUGGGAGAAACUUUGCACAGGAUUGCACUGUAGAGUUAUAUAUAUAUAUAUUUUAAGUGAGUUAGAAAACUCACUUAACUUAAGUGAGUAAGAGAAAACUCAUAUGCCGGACAAGUAUAUUCUGAAAUAUUGAACAACUGUUAUUGUAUGAGAAACCAUUCACUUAAUGCUCCCCCAUCCCAAAUUUACUAAAGUUCAUCGGAAGCAUAGUAGUCACAAACCUGUUAGCCUCUGUGUGCUGCUGCUAAUGGCCCAGUAAUUUUAGGCACCUUACUGCAUGGGAGAACCAUACAUCGAUGUGACCAGAGCUCCGAACUGACAAAGCAGCACAAUGGCAUACAUGCUCAAAGAGCCCAUGUUUCACUGAGUUCUUGCUGUCUCAGCCACAGAGUUGUUCCUAACUAUUCUGGCUGACCUGAUGAUACUGGAUACUCAGAACUCUGAAGAAAUUGUACACCAGAGCUUUUGUCAGUGACAUGCUCCUAUCACUUUACUAGCACAAGGAGGUCAAGUUUUGGGUAGCUGGAAUUAUUAAGCUGUUCAGUUCUAUGGGAAUGUGGUGAAUGGCUGCAAAUGUGGAAAUGGAAGUGUUCCAUUAAUUUGAAUUGGUGAGUGGAAGUGAAGCUGUGGUUUGGAUCUGCACACACAUCUCUUAGAGUAGGUACAAAUGCUGGCUAUAUAAGUGGAGAGGGUCUAUAUCUGCUUUAUAGUAUCUCUGGUAACAGGCCUUGGAAAGAUAUCAGCCAGAGUCAACAGUAUAGUUCCUGUGGCACCAUAGCACCUGUCAACACCUUCCUGGCACCUGCCAAGUAUUCUUACAAAGCGAGCAGGGCCAGGUAGGGUUUUCUGAGUAUCUGACAUUUACGGUAUAAUGCUCACAGUGGCUCUAUGUAAAGUACUGAGGCAAAUAACAGUGAUAUCCUAAGAAUGCUGUGGGGUUUGCUUCUGAAUAAACAGUCAGGCUUUACAGCUAAAAUGCUUAAUGCACCUAAUGUAAACUUCUACUGAAGUCAUCAAAUCUACAUUAAUGUGUUGUUAUAAUUUGGGUGGAAGUUGAUAAUAUUACUACAUUGAAUUUUGGUUACUUUUCGAAACAUCUUUUAUAUUCCUAUCAAAAUUUUAUCAGAAUCUCUCUCUGCCCACAUAAGCAAGAACCUCUCACCAACCUCACCAACCCUUCAGCUCUGGCUGUUGCUACAAGUGAUAGUGUAGUUAGAAAAUGGCUGGGCUCCUGAGAGAAGCGCCCAUAUGAAUGCAGUAGCUGGGAGAAGAAUCAUUUUCUCCCUUCUUUUUCCUAAGAGAGCCAGCAUAGCAUAGUGGUUAAGACCAGGUGGAUUCUAAUUUGGAGAACCUGGUUUGAUUUCCCACUCCACAUGAACGGCGGACUCUUACCUUGUGAACUGGAUUUGUUUUCCCACUCCUACACAUGAGGGCUGCUGGGUGAAGGCUGCUGAGAGAAUUCUCCGGAACACUCUCAGCCCCACCUAUCUAACAAGGUGUCUGUAGUGAGGAGAGGAAGAGAAGGAGUUUGUAAGCCACCCUGAGAAAGGUGGGGUAUGAACCCAAACUCUUCUUCUAAGUGUGUUAGAUGCUUGCAAAAUGAAGAUAGGUAUUGCCAAAUGAGGAAUUAGCUAGCUCAAUAUGUGUUUUGUGUGUAUGCAAGAACUUAUUUUAAAGAAUAUGUUAAUUUUAAAAGGCAUCCCAUUUAUCAGAGCUUUUGCCUGAAAUGUUAAAGAGUUAGUAUCAGAGUUAUGCUCAACCUCACUCCCUGACAUUUUGUGGUUGGCUCUGCCUCGUGUAGCAGAUAUGUCUGGCUGCACACGUUAUUUUCUGUACAGUUCCAGAAGUGCCCACAGACUCAAAAUGGUUGGGGAUGCUAUUUGUUGGUUAGAGAAGCCAGUGUUGAACUAGAUGAGGAAAGUGUCACUCUGUAUAAGCCAGUUGAUUUACAGUAGAGAUAUGACCAUCAAGAGAAUGAGGUUAUCUGCUUAGUUACAAUGUUAUUACUAGUAUUGUUUUUACACUCUUCUCUGGCUGUUCCGUGUUACACAGAAAACAUAGAAUGCUGUUUGUUCAAAUAAAAUGUAUACUUCUGCA